CUCUCAGGAAGAGCUAAAAGCUGCCUACCGCCGGCUGUGUAUGCUCUACCACCCCGACAAGCACAGAGACCCGGAGCUCAAAACACAGGCUGAGCGGCUCUUUAACCUUGUUCACCAAGCUUAUGAAGUGCUUAGUGAUCCACAGACCAGAGCCAUCUAUGACAUAUACGGGAGGAGAGGACUGGAAAUGGAAGGAUGGGAGGUUGUGGAGAGGAAGAGAACUCCAGCUGAAAUCAGGGAAGAAUUUGAGCGUUUGCAGAGAGAGAGGGAAGAGAGAAGGCUGCAGCAGCGAACUAAUCCAAAGGGAACCAUUAGUGUUGGAAUAGAUGCCACUGACCUCUUCGAUCGUUAUGACGAAGAAUACGAAGAUGUGCCUGGGAGCAGCUUUCCCCAGAUCGAGAUAAACAAGAUGCACAUUUCUCAGUCCAUCGAGGCACCGCUGACUGCCACGGACACAGCAAUACUGUCUGGUAACCUUUCCACCCAGAAUGGGAAUGGAGGUGGAUCAAUUAAUUUUGCUGUCAGACGAGUGACAUCUGCCAAGGGAUGGGGAGAGUUGGAGUUUGGAGCGGGAGACCUUCAGGGACCUCUCUUCGGUCUGAAGAUAUUCCGUAAUCUUACACCAAGAUGUUUCAUCACUACAAACUGUGCCCUGCAGUUCUCUUCCCGUGGGGUCCGCCCCGGCCUCACCACGGUCCUGGCCCGCAACCUCGACAAGAACACAAUGGGGUACCUGCAGUGGCGGUGGGGCAUCCAGUCAGCCAUGAACACGAGUAUCGUCCGGGAUACAAAAACCAGCCAUUUCACCGUGGCGCUACAGCUGGGAAUCCCCCAUUCUUUCAUGAUGGUCAGUUAUCAGCAUAAGUUUCAGGAUGAGGAUCAAACACGAGUGAAAGGUUCUCUCAAGGCGGGUUUCUUUGGGACCAUAGUGGAGUACGGAGCAGAAAGGAAGAUUUCCAGACACAGCAUUUUAGGAGCCACUGUCAGCGUUGGUGUUCCCCAAGGAGUGUCUCUGAAAAUCAAGUUGAAUAGGGCUAGCCAGACCUACUUCUUCCCUGUCCACCUGACAGAUCAGCUGCUUCCCAGUGCUGUAUUCUAUGCCACCGUGGGACCUCUAGUUAUCUACUUCGCCAUGCAUCGCCUGAUCAUCAAACCCUACCUCAGGGCACAGAAGGAGAGGGAGCUGGAGAAGCAAAGGGAGAGCACAGCCAGCGAUGUCCUUCAGAAGAAGCAGGAGGCUGAAGCUGCGGUCCGGUUAAUGCAGGAGUCUGUCCGGAGGAUAAUUGAAGCUGAGGAAGCCAGAAUGGGUUUGAUUGUGGUGAACGCCUGGUAUGGGAAGUUUGUUAACGACAACAGCAGAAAGAAUGAGAAGGUGAAGGUAAUAGAUGUGACUGUGCCCCUGCAGUGCUUGGUGAAAGACUCUAAACUCAUCCUAACAGAGGCGUCCAAGGCUGGGCUGCCAGGUUUCUACGACCCCUGCGUGGGUGAGGAGAAGAGUUUGAAAGUGCUUUACCAGUUCCGAGGAGUUCUGCACCAAGUGAUGUCGGCUGACAACGAGGCCCUUAGGAUACCAAAGCAGUCGCACAGGAUCGAUGCGGACGGUUAAUCCGGAGAGCGGCCGCGCUCCGCUGCGGGACCCGGGCCAGCGCCUUCCCCGGACGCCGCCGCUUCCAACAGAGACUCUUUUAUUUCUGCUCGCCGUGUGGCGGGUGGUGUCCUGCCAGUUCUGUUACGAGACAAAAUGAGAGAACCUGCUCCUACAGGUGGCUCCAAGGCAAUACUCUGAAUUCCGGGUCGGUAACCAAUAAAGCAGCGUGACUCUGACUGCGCGGUGCUUUCUGCUGCGGGGGCGCGAGCGGGCGCUAAGCACCCCCGUCCCGCGGCCCCAGCCCCUUCCCGUGCUCCCGUGUGUCUCUGCUGGCGCUGAGCGGGGAAGACGACCUCUUGUUCUCACUCCUCCACAUACUUCUGGGGUAGGUAACAAACCUCCUUCUGCUCCUGAGAAGUUCAGUUCUCUGGCCACCUCCUGGAAGGCCUCUGUGUGAAUCCUUUUGUUGGAAAGAGGACAGAGAUUGUUUUCCAUCUCAAAUCUGUGUUUGGAACGUACUUGUUAAGAACAAGUAGGUUUGGAAUGGAGUUCUUUGCCUUUUGUGGACCUCUUCAGCAUGAAUCCAUCCAGCUGCUAAUUUCAAACACCACUAUUCCAGAGAAGGACACGGGGUUUAAUAGUCGUCUUAAAUUCUUCUGCCACCUAGAACCAUGUGCUAUCAAGGUUUUCAAGAAAAGAGGAAAGCAACUGGGGGAGAAGGACAGCAAUUCAUUUCAUUUGAUUCUGAUGCUGCAACUACCUCUUCCCAUCUUAAUUUAUUCCUAGGAAAAAGAGGAAUGAGGUUUAUCCAAAUAAACCAGACCAAAGUGAGGAGAUGCCAAAUGGGUAAAGAGCUGAAAACGUAAAAUUCAGGUGCCCUUUCUAAAAAGUGUCAGUUAUGACGUAAACCCACUGGAUUAAUGUUGCCUGGAAGCCAUUCCAGUGAUUUUCCAGCGAAAAGGGCAGCCCCGUUCUAGUGACACAGCAGAUGGAAACAGCAACCUUCUAGUAUCUACUGCGCACGUCAACGCCACCGAGGCUUUUUCAUAGAGAAAAACAGUAAUUGUGGCUGUUCCUCAGUCACAGUCCUGCUCUUGGUGAGUCCUAGAACAGCCUUCCCUGCUUCCGUGUGAGACGGGGGGGGGGGGG